AUGAAACGUUACAAUAAGAGAAAGACUCAUGGUGUACUGUUUGAUGUACCAGAUCAAGUCGGGUUCGCCGUUACAGAAGCCACAUAUAUUCAGAAUUUGACAACUCUUAGUCGUACCGUAACUCAAUUUCGUGGUAAAGCUGAUCUAAACUUUGUCGAUUCUCUUCAAAUGUCACUGACUGGACCUCAACUUCUUCCCCUUGAACUGGUUGACAAAUGCAUAGGUUCUAAGAUUCAUAUAAUCAUGAAAAAUGAUAAAGAAAUGGUGGGAACCUUGCUUGGUUUUGAUGGUUACGUAAACAUGGUCUUGGCUGACGUUACUGAAUUUGAGUUUACAGCCCAAGGUAAACGUAUAACAAAACUGCCACAUAUUUUGCUGAAUGGUAGUAACAUUGUUAUGAUGGUGCCUGGUGGAGAAGGUCCUGAAAUUUAAACUAUAUGGUAUUUUCACUGUAUAUAAAAUAAAUACAAAAAUAAAUUGUUUGUAACAUUUUUUUAUUGCUGUUUCCGGAUAGUAGGACUAUUCUGUUAUUGGUCUGCAGUAAUUCAAAACUGCUUAAAAAUGCUUUAAACCUUCAAGAUGUUCAAAAUCAUUAGAAGCCUUAACUGCUUUGAAUCUGAGACUUUGUCACUAGUCAGACAAAAAACACCCUGAAGUAUAUAGCAUAAAUGAGUAUCAGUCCAAGUUACCACUCUUCAAAUCAUCACAAUAGGAGGAAAUUUAAGUAAGAAAAUAAGGCAUUCGGGAGCACUAUUUUGCACGCUGUCAUUUAAAAUAUAGUCUGGAGGGAACAAAUAUAACUAGUAAAAAGGAGUGUAGAUGAAUAUAAAGAAAAGUCAAGUUUACAGGCUACUAGCGCAUCAGAUAUUCUUAACUUAUUGUUAGACGCUGUAAGUUCUUCAUUUUUCCAUAAAAUGGUCGUUUUAGUGUAUUUUUAUGAAAGAUGACUACUAAAAAUGGUAAUACAGAUAAUGUGAUGAACUUAAAGAAUAUGGAUGUAGCUUCAGCGAUAUGUGUGACAAACUGACUUGAGUCUUGUUGGUUUGCCCACUCGUUUGAACCCGAUUAAUCUUUGUUGGAAGUGUAUUUUCAUCAGCGUGUGCAUGUCGUGAUCAGCAAACUUACUACGAGACAAAUUUCUACUACCGAUAUCGUCAAAAUAGUAGUUCGAUAUCCAUGGGUAUGUGUUUUUUCCAAAACACUUGAAUGAUUGACUGUAUUUCCCAUGUUUCUUUAACGUCAUGACUCUGUAACUCAAACUUUCACAGAAUCCUAUAUAUAUAUAUAUAUAUAUCAUUGUUUCUUCCAGCGAUGAUUUUUUCGUACAUUAGCUAAAUAGAUAAACCUUGGUACAAUACAUAGAAAAUUCUUCUGAAGGAUCUUAGCGAAGUACAUGAGUCAGUAGAUACAAACAAAAUCGAUAAAAUCCGGAGAGGUCAGCUUUACGCGACAAGCGAUCCAUGGGCAUAGCUUUACAUACUUCGAUUAGGUGUUCACGUAUAGAACUCCUGACUGCCUUCCUCUCGCCCUUGUAGAACCAAACUGGGACGUGUUUCCGUAUCCGAAUUGGAAGCUAUCGCUGGCUACGGCCAAUGUACCUUGCUCCACAAGAGCAGGUGAACUGGUAAAUGCACGUGGAGGCGACCAGACGGGGAAGCUUAUCUUUUAUGGAUACAGAAAAUAAGUUCCUGCUACUGGAGAUUUUUCGCAGGUUUACCGCAUUGAACGUUCUUUCGUUCGCUAUCGUUAAACGAUUUUUUAUUACAUCAGAAAUUCGAUCACCUUUAAAUUCCAAACUUAUGUAGAGGUUUUUCUUUGUAACGGAACAACCAUAUUUUUUGUCACAACUACUUUUCAUAUUUUUAUCUAUGAAGCGGUCUAGAUAGCCAUUUUUCGUCAAUUUCUCUGAGGAAUGCGAGUUCUUCGUCAAUGUAAU